CUUUUUUCCAAUCUCUUCCGGGGCGUAAAAUCUCUUGGAAACUUUUCUGCUGUGUCCGUAGUGGCGGCCGAGGACCAUUAAGGCUGAGUCAGGGGGAUGAUGGUGUGGAAAUAAACAGGCUCCAACCUGCACCCACUUACUUACCGCAACGUUGCAAAAGAACUUGGCGUUUUCUCUCUGUGCAGCAGCCAGCAAGCCGGGAGAACAGAACGUCCUUAACUGCUGCUGUGGUUUGCUGAAGAAGCUUUGCCGUUUGCGAUGGGGUCUAAGCUCUCAGUGGAUGAUUCAGUUCGCGUGGUGAUAGUUGGAGGUGGUUUUGGUGGCGUGGCAGCUGCCAACCAACUGAAAUCAUGGGGAGUCCCUUUUAUUCUCUUGGACAUGAGAGAUGCUUUUCACCACAAUGUUGCUGCCCUCCGGGCCUCUGUCGACAGCGGAUUUGCACAAAAAACGUUCAUCUCCUAUUCAAUAACAUUUGGAGACAGUUUCCGGCAAGCCAAAGUGGUUGGCUUUGAUUUGGAAAAACAGCAUGUUGUGCUGCAUGAUGGUGAAGAACUGUCCUUUUCUCAUCUUAUCCUUGCCACAGGGAGUGAUGGACCUUUCCCUGGGAAAUUUAACCAUAUUGUUGACAGGCAGUCAGCUAUUCAGACCUAUGAGGACAUGGUCAAGGAGAUUCAGAAAUCUCCUCGCCUAGUUGUUGUGGGUGGUGGUUCAGCUGGUGUCGAGAUGGCAGCAGAGAUAAAGACAGAGUAUCCCGCCAAAGAGGUCACACUCAUUCAUUCAAAAAUUGCAUUGGCGGAGCCAGAACUUCUCCCCUGUGUCCGGCAGAAGGUGAAGGAGAUUCUCAUCCAGAAAGGAGUGCAUAUCUUGUUGAGUGAAAGAGUUUCCAAUCUGUCUACGCUGACUUUAAACCAAUUCAGGGAGAAUACGACCGUACAGACUGACAAAGGCACAGAGAUUACUACUGACAUGGUGAUUCUCUGCACUGGAAUAAAGAUAAAUUCAUCAGCAUACAGCGGAGCAUUCUCUGACAAGUUGGCAAGUGAUGGUGCUUUGAAAGUGAAUGAAUACCUCCAGGUGAAAGGAUAUGACAACAUCUAUGCCAUUGGUGACUGUGCUCAUAUCAGGGAACCAAAGAUGGCAUACCAUGCUGGGCUUCAUGCAAAUAUUGUGGUGACCAACAUCAUCAAUAGCCUGACACAAAAACCUCUGAAAACCUACGAGCCAGGAUCGCUGACCUUCCUGCUUUCAAUGGGAAGGAAUGAUGGAGUGGGUCAGAUUAAUGGCUACUACGUGGGAUGCUUCAUUGUGACUGUUGUAAAAAGCAGGGAUCUUUUCGUCUCAAAGAGCUGGAAGGAGAUGGGACAGAGAAUGCCUUGCUAAGGUGCAGAGUAUGGGGGAUGCUGUUGAGAGAAAAAUGAGAGGUGACAACAUUGUGCCAAAACAAGUAUAUUCGUGAAGAAUUAAUAGAACAUUGAGGGGAUGAGGUUGGGGUAUUGUUCGUUGUUCAGUAGAUCUGUUAUUUAUUUGGGCUUAGAAGAUGCAUUUUCUCCAAGGUUCUGGGUUUUAUUUUUAUACUGUAGUUAAUGAGUCAACAUGAAUUUUUAAUGGACCAAUCCAGGGGGGGGGGGCAGGGGGGGAGCGAAUCAGCUUCCAGAUGCUGCUCAGGUCCGCACUAGCAGAUUUACCCAUUCUGGGGCACUUACCCCUGUGGAAGGGCAAAAAUGCCAGCAGGCAGAUUGCCAUGGAUUGCAUGUUUGAACACAGUGCUGGGUGUCGUGUUAGCACUGUUGUACAUAGCUAAUCUCAUAGCUAGUCUUGUCGCAGGGGGGCGUGCCGGCUGGCUUCCGCCUGGACUUUAGAGCCAGGAACUUCACAGCCCAGGCCUUGGAGUUAUGUUAUCCAUUUAGCCCUAUGGAGGGUUUUCAGGGGACUGUUUUUUCUUUUUGGCUGCACCCCCACACCAUCUAAGAGCCCUAGAGGCAGUGGAGAUGUCCCCAGCUGCAGCAGCCUCUGGAUUGGGUUGUAAAAGUUGAUUGAAAUUUUAUAGUGAUGUUAAAUUCAUUAAAUGUGACAUGUUACAUGUGAAUAAUAUUCAUGAUAAUCACGGUAAUUGUUUUUUAAAGUUUUAUAUAAUAUGUAUAAUUUUGCUUCUCAGUCUUUAGAAUGUAUUGUAACUAUGAUUUGAUUGGUUUUUCCGUACUGUUAAGUUUUAUCUAUAAAAAAUAAAAGAAUUUCCUUGAAA